AAGCACAAUAUCAGAAGUAAACCUCUCCAAUGGCUAUACACACCUCUCCUCUAAUUUGGUUUACCCUCAUUUGUGUCACUUUCCGUUCUCUUCUCAGCUGCAGUGGAGCCUCUGAUGAACAUGAAUGAAAGGCACGGAUUUCAUUCAUGGGCCUGCUGAGUUCAGCCCAAUUAUUAAUUUAUAAGGUUUUUUUAAUGUUUAGCCCUAGUGGUUUAACGAGAAAUAAUUUUCAUACAGAAAGCACAGUUAACUCAUGGUUUUGAAGUCCUAUCAUUAGAUGGGAGAGUCGUCCUUGCAUUCAGAAUUCACUCCUGCUGCAUCAGACUGUUUGCGAUACAGCUACCAGAGGAGCUUCAAUGGUUUCGUCGCCAACUCAACGGAGGAUGAAGCAGACAUACUGGCUGAAACGGAAGACGUUGUGACUAGUAUAAUGUAUUUUUCAGCUUUUCCCAUGAAUCCUAAGGACAUAGACGACAAUGAGUUUUCAUAUGGGGGAGGUUACAUAAAUCCUGCCAAGGCCAUAUCCUGGACUGUAAAUGUUACAAAAUGUUCUAAAGCAACAAGUGGAACAGUAUGGGAUCUGAACUACCCUUCUUUCACCGUGUCUACUACCCAGCUUGGGGAAUCUGUGACUAGAGUCUUCCACAGGACAGUAAGAAACGUGGGAUCAGCCGUGUUGACUUAUAAAGCAGUGGUGACUGCUCUAGAAGGGCUUGAAAUUGAUGUCAAACCGAGUGUUCUUUCAAGUCUCUUGGGGAAAAGAAAUCCUUCAUGGUGAAAGUUACAGCAAAGAUUGAGAUAUCAUAUACGAUCUCUGGUUCUCUGACUGGGUACGAUGAAGGAUCGAGUGAGAAGCCCUGUUGUUGGAUAUCUCCAUCCUUUUUGAGUACAGAUGUCUGUAUAUCAGUAAAUGUGCUUUUUCUUU